AUGGCAGAAAUCAAAGAGGAAAUUCAAACCAAUGGAAAAAAGACUUCAGGCAAAAAAGGCAGAAAACCCAACGAUAAAUGCAGAAAUUCAAACGAAGAGGUAGAAAUCACAAUAAAAGGCAGAAAUCCAAACCAAAAGACUAAGGUAGAAAUCGCAACAAGAAGAAAAAGAACUCCAGACGAAAGGCAGAAAUCCCAACAAAAAGCAAAAGAUCUUCAGAUGAAAAAGGCAGAAAACCCAAUAGGCAGAAAUUUAGACGAAAAGCAGAACUCCAAACGACAGGCAGAAUUCCCAACACAAAGAAAAAGACAAUUUCAGACGAAAAAAGGGAGAAAACCCAAUGAUAAAGGCAGAAAUAUAGACGUAAGACAGAAGUCCAAACGAAAAGAAAAAGACAGAAUUCCGGACGAAAAGCAGAACUAA